AGUGGGCCUAUCCUUCCACCCACGGUAUCUGUGUGCGGUAGAGUGAAGACCACCUUCUUUCUGCGAGUACUGUAUCGCGGCGCAGAACUCCAUCCCUCACGCACCCCAAGCUCUCUCUCCACGCCACCCCAGCCCCGCCAUAGCCACCGUCGCGGCUAGACAUUGCUUAAGUCACCAUGGUCCCUUUUUAGGCGCUUCGGACACACACUGGCGGUGCAAUUGUACUUCUGCUACUCACGAUUCCUCUUCCCUGCUACUCAAUACAGCUGCCAUCGGAAGCCCAGCCCUUAUCAGUUCAACAGACAGACCGACGAGACCAGGUUGGAUUUCUUCCUCAAGCUCUCGCGCUCAUUUGUCUGUGACCGUCGCGCUCUCUCUCUCUCUCUCUCUCUCUCUCUCUCUCUCUCUCGCUCUAUUUUCGGAAAACCAGCCCAGCUCCACUGCCAUCUCGCACAGAAGCCGCCAAUCAGCCACUCUUGAGCCACUGAGUUGCAGUUGGACUCCGUUUUGCUGAUAAACCACGCGGAACCCCUCUAGGUUCAAACGGACGUCGCCCAACGCUGCAUCCUCCUUCGGCCGUGUACCUCUCGGCUCUGUUCUCUUCCUUCUAUGUUUUAUCUCUCCCCAGCUCCUCCCCGUUGCCAUAAACACUUCCGGUUGAAGACAAUAGUUCAGAGCCAUAAACAACAUCAUCGCCACUUCGUCCCCGUCGGCAGCCCGUUCCCGUCGAGCUCGUCCAUCAUAGACAAGUGCCCGUCGCUAUUUCACAGUGUCUUUUGAGUUUAAGCUUUUGCUCAUUGGAGAUUCUGGUGUUGGAGAAUCUUGCUUUCUUCUGAGGUUUGCUGAUAUGGAGGUAAGCUCGGUGCAACAUCAUCAAGGGGAUGAAGAAGAAUUCGUAUUGCUUGAUCUCAACAGUGUUUCUGGGCAACUUGACAUCCCGUCAAAUGCACCAUAUGUUCUCUCUGGCCUGGACACAUUGAAUCCAGUAUUAAUUAUUGAUGACAAAUUGAAGUUGAUAGGUGAAUAUGAAGAAACAAUUGGCACAUGCUUGGUUUUCACGGAAGAAGGUGAAUGGUUUUGGUUCCUUGUAACAUUUCAUACUCGGUUUGUUUCCCAAGAAGUUAAGAGGGAUUCAGAAUUUCCCCCCACUUCCAUUAUUUCGAAACAUAUCUGCCUUUAUUACCUUGGUCGAGCACUCGAGCCCCCCCAUAUGACAGAAGAAGUCACAUUGACCUAUUUGAUCCAAGAGCAAUCGUCUAUAAAAUCAUUCCUGCAGCCUCACUGCUGUCUUUUCUGGCUAAAGGAUGUGUGCUAAAUCCGCUUCUCUUUGCAGAUGCUACCCCAGUGGUUCACGAAGAGACAGGACCAUCCGAAGCAAACCUUUUCUCAGGAAAAUGUAUAAUAGAUCCAAGUCGAGCGCGAAGCAAGGAUGUAAAACCAGUGGCACGGCUUCAUAAGAUUCUGAAGUUUAGAUUGGCACCUGAUGCUGACGAUCAAUUUGCAACAUCUGAGCAGACUGAG